UGCAAGGAAGAUGUGCAGCGCCGCGUUGUUCUCUGCUACCGUUUGCAAGCGACCUUGCUCCAUCUAUCCAAGUCCGUUUUAGCUUCGGCGCAAUACCUCAACAGGUAGCUUACCCUCUUCAACACUUACGACCAGCGCGCGUUGUCAUCAUCACGGAAGUCUGCCUUCCGUUUCUCGCCCCGGAAUCACCAAAUCUGUUCGGUUUGACGAUAACCAUGGAUCGCGACCGCAGAAGCAGAUACGAGGACGGCGAGGUCACUAGGUAUGGCGCUGGCGAAUCUUGGAGACCCUUUCCGCGCGGCGGCGGAGACCGCUCCCCACGACGAGUCCGAAGUCCUCUGAGAGAUCGCGAACGAGACCGCGACCGUGACCGCGACCGCGACCGUGAUCGCGACCGCGACCGUGACAGAGACAGAGAAAGACUACGAUCCCGCGACCGAGACAGAGAGCGAGACAGAGACCCAAGAGACAGAGAUCGGCCGCGCUCUCGUGACCGCGACAGGGAGCGCGCCCGCACGCCGCCGUUGACAUCGGACAGUUAUGUCCCCGGACGAUCUCCCGCGCGGCGGAGGUCCCGCAGCACUGAGCGGUACCGACGUGACCGGUCGCGAGAUAGAGACCCGCGUCCUCAGAGCGAUACCUGGCGCAGACGGGACAGAACCCGAAGCCCACCCGUGAGACGCCCCUCGCCGAGACGUAGCCCUUCGAGGCGACGCAGCCCCAUCGGCAGAUCUCCCGCUAUCCGGGACGAGAGGAGCGACCGUGCCAGAUCGCCCCCGCGCCGCGACAACAGAGAUCGAGAUCGUGAGAGGGAGAGAGACAGGGACCUUGAUCGGCGGGACGACAGGUACCGUUCGUUGCCCCCCUUUGCACACACUCCAGUCUCAUUAGCUGCUAGAAGACGGUCGCGUUCGCCUUACGGCCGCGACAGGGGUCAUCGGGACAGGACUCCUCCACCCAGGAGGUCGCCUGCGCCGGCACCCCGAGGCGGCUAUCGGCCGCGGUCUCGUAGCACGAGUCGCCGCGGUGGCGAGCGAUAUCUAGGGUCCUCCUACAGACGGGCGUCGCCGCCCCGAGAUUCUGGCAUCUCGUCAGCGAUCACGUCUCGAUCAGCUUCAGGCAAGUCGUCACCGCAUCCUCCUCCUUCAAUCCGAGCACGAUCGCGGCCGCAAUCGAGGGAGCGUGGGGAGCGCGUCGAACGGGAGCGGGAGCAGCCGCAGCAGCCGCAGCAGCCACGAGAGCGAGAGCGAGAGCGGGAACCCACACCCCUCCAGACCGGCGGUGCUUCUGCUGCAUCAUCGUCCUCGACGACGACGACUACGAUUCGCGAAGCACCCAAGCCUGCUGCCGCCGCCGCCGCUGCCGCUGCCGCCCCCCAAGAACCCCCACCGGUAGCAAAGACACCACCUCGAGGCCCCGCCGCUUUACGUGCUCCUCCGACCGGCCCUGCCGCGACCCGAAACUUCUCUGCGCCCGCCGGCUCACCAGCUGUUCAGCCACCUAGACACCCGCAGACCCCGAGCGUGCCACCCCCACGCGCAGACGCCACCAGCCCCACGAUCCCUCCCGCUGGUCCUCGAGGCUAUGUAGCUCCGGCUAGGGGUGGCGGAUACAGCACCCGUGGCGGACGAGGCUCGUGGUCGGGCCCGUCGCCUCGACAGGCCCCUGUUCCUACAACAUCUCCUUCAGCCAUUGGCAACGGCCCAUCAGCUAUCCCAACCGGACCACGCGCCAACCCCUCAAACAACACCCCGUCAAACACCUCCACUGCACCCAAGCCUUUCAACCCUCCCACUGGCCCUUCAUUGCAGCACGGCGCUGGAGGUGCCCGACCUACGCUUGCUCAGAGUAUGCUUGCCACUCUGCCCCCUAUCGUCCCAGGAGGCAAGAUCGACCCAUCCCUGCUUCCAACAACCACGGGCAUCACAAGAGAGAUUGAACCGCAUUACAAGAAGCUCAAGGCAGAGGAGGAGAAAGCGCGCGCGGAUUUGGACGCCAAGCAGGAUAAGCUGCGGCAAAGUCUCCAGAUGUGGGACAAACUCGAGAUGGAGUCCAAGGCGUGGAAGACGAGGGUGGACCUCAGCGAGCAAAGCCUCAAGAGCUUGGCUGGCGAGGGUCUCGGGGGAGCUGCCUUUUAAAAGGGUUUUGGGUGGCGAACGAGCAGAUGCAUUGGGGGAACUGUUUUUCACUUUCUUUUUUGCCUUGGAAGCCAAUGAUGCAAUGGAGACGGACUGUCGCCAUGAGCGGUGACAAUGAUGAUGUACCACUACCACCGCCACCACUGCUACUGUCUGCGUUAUUUUACAUGUACGAAAACACUUUGUUGGAAGUCUCUCUGUAGGUUUAGAGCUCGAGGAUACCCCCCGUCGAAAGGUUGUAAUAGACUCAGACUCGGGACAUGCUCCGGUACGCCGUCAGUAGGGUUAUGCGAGUUGCGGUCUUUUGAAAUGAGCGCAUGGCGAGUGAAUUGUACAGAAUCUCAAGU